GCCCCGUCCGUCGUGUUCCUCAUCCUCAUAUUAUAUAAACAAAACCCUAAACAAUGGCGAGGUGUCUUCUCGCCCGGCUCUAUCCACCCUUUCUUCAAACCCUAGCCAUCAUGUCACAUCCAUCCAUCCCUCUCCAAUGGUUCCUCUUCUCCUUCUCCUUCUCCUCCCCUCUCGUCGUCGUCGUCGUCAUCGUUGUCGGCCUCCGUUCCGGUGAACCCUCCAGAAAUCUAUGGCGGCUUCUCCAAUUCCUACAACAACAGCGCCAUCCUGGACGAUAAGAAGGUCAUCUUCUUCUGGUCCUUGCACAACACCUCCAUCUCCAUCGCAGCUCAAUCCAAUCGCAGAUCCGGGUACCUCGCCCUUGGCUUCGGCGACUCCAUGAUCAACUCCUUAGUCUACGUUGCCUGGUUUGAUAGCGUUGAUGAAGGACGCAUCUCCAGCUACUGGAUCGAUGGUCGUCUGGGCAAUGGGAUCGCGUUGGUCGGAGGAUCGAUUGAGUUGGGGUAACAUGCAUUUCCUUGCCAGUGAUCGUCCUGUUGAGGUUCUUUUGCUUGGAGGAGUGGUGCUGACGGAGAAUUUUCGCCCAAUUCUGGCGAUUCAUGGACUCCUGAUGUUUGUUUCUUGGGGAUUGUUAAUCCCAUCGGGUAUAUUACUCAAAAGGUACUUGAAGUUUUUGGAUUAUCAUAAAGCCUAUAAAAUGCAUGCUUAUUUUGAGUGCUUGGGAAUAGUUGUGUCCCUGAUUGGAGUUCUUUUUGCGGCAGCAGAGCUCCAUAAUUUCGUUAUUAGCUCUUGGCAUGUUAAAUUUGGUGUGAUUGGAAUGGUAUUGGGGCUCCUGCAGCUAAUAAACUUGUGUGUGAGGCCUAAAAGAGGGGUGAAUGUGGAUACAUUUUUGAAAAAGAGGAUUUUGUUGACAUAUUUUCAUGUUAUUACUGGAAGGUGUGCUGUUGGAGCUGGAGUUAUUGCACUUUUAAGUGGAAUGUAUGGUUUGGGACAGAAGUAUGAUAGUGAAGUAGCUGAACGGCUUACUUGGGGAUUGGUUAUAUGGUUUAUGAUUGUUGCAUGUGUUGUCAUCUAUCUAGAGUACUUGGUAUUGAAGAGAAGGAGAUGGGAGCUGAAUACAUUUGGAAAUAGUUGGUUUUUGGAAGAAGAUGAUGCUGUUGAUUUAUUGCAGCCUAGUGAAGAGGUUAAUAAAUCCGAGUCGGUAAGAGAGGAGGUUCAGCUUGAAUCAAUGAACAGAUAGAUUAUGGUCUUGGUGUUGUGUUAACUCAAUUUCAAGUUGGAGCUUGCUGUUGAUUCUGUCUCAGGGAUCCUCCUUUUAUCUAUGCAUGGGCGGCAUAGCCUACAAUAAUGAGCCAUAACUGCAUACAGUGCAAGAUUGUAGAAUAGCGGCUCUUCAUUAUUUGGCUAAGUACAUGCUCUGUUGUAUAUAACUAUGUAUAUUGCAGUAUUAGUUCUUCUUCUCAAGUGUUAGUUUAAUCAGCUUUAUGAUUUAGAUACUUGUAUUUUCUUGGCAAUUUGAUAAGAAGUUGAUGAUGUCUUAGAGGUGAGCUUUGUGCAAACAUUUGGCUAAUGCAUGAAGAAACAGUCAUGUGAAAUCUUUUAGGAUUACUUUUAAAUUGGUUGAUGAUUUCUCCCCAUCAUUUUAAAAAUGUACUUCUCAUUAAAAAGGUUGUUUAACACUCAAGUUGUCCUCUCAUGUGAUUUAACAUAUAUAAAUUCUCUUUAUAUUGUGUGAGUUUCUUUCUAAUCAGCCCCUGUUUUGGCAUUAAAUGCAUCACCAUCAGAAAUUUCUGUCACACCAUUCACGGGCUAUUCUUUCUGAUUAUUUUUGAAGUUGCAUGAUGUUCCUCAAAUAUUCACUGAAAAAUGAUGGCUGUAGAGAGUUGGCAAUCUUUUGUGGGGCGUGUCAUACUAUAUCUUUUCACUGAUAUUUUUAUAGGCUUCCAUUUAAUCUCUCAGUUGAUUGUAUUCUUUGAAAGAACAAUACAUUAACUUGUAUAAGAUAAUUUUAAUUGAAAAUAGGUAGGAAGUAAAUCAUGAUUCAUGAAGCAUAUGAUCCAUUUUAAUAGGCUAAAACAGUGUUUUAAUUUUUAGAUUGACCAUCAUCUCUAACCAUAUAUGGAUUGUUCAAAGUUGAAUUAGAUAACCAUAUAUGGAUUGAUUUCUUGUUCUUACAUAGGUACAUAAGCAUAAGCUCACAAUAUUUUCAUUAGCUUGAUUUUUCUACCUCUUUUUUUAAGCUUGAUACUUAUGCAAGUGAAUUGCUACAUACUGCUUAAGGUUCAUGUCAGGAUUAAUUUUCCAUAACCAGAUGGAUACUUUCCCAGCUGAUGGUUUUAAGAGCAGUGAUAGCCCGACACUGCUCUAAUUGACAUGUGAGCUAGUUCAGUGUGGUGUUCAUUGGAAUGAGGAAGCCUAGAUUUUAGGGGCUUCUGAAGAUAAUGUUUUAGGCACUAUGGCACAGCAGCUAUUGGAAUAUCGGAACAUGGAUUCCACGCUGGUGAUCGAUUUAAACUCUUAGUCAAUGUGGUGAGAAUUUAGUGAUUGAAAAUGUAAUACUAAGUAUUAUAUGAUCCUUAUUAAUAUUGAAUAGUUUGCAUCAACUGAGCUUUCAAAGAAUGAGAUGGUGAUGCUAUCUUUGUGUGUGUGUGUGUGUGUGUGUGUGUUUGCUUUGUUUAUUUAUUAGGAAACAGUAUGUGAACAAAGAGAUGCCUCUCCUUCCAUCAGUUUUGGUGUUAGAUGUUUGAUCUUGUGGUAAGUAAUUGAAUAUCUCUUUGAUGUUUGCCCUUCACAAAGGGAAGUUUUUAAUGGAUAAUGUGGACGACAAUAGGCAGUGGGUGAUAAGGGAAGACUACACCCAAGUAAAAUCUGGAAGAGUAAACAUUUGCAAUGGAACACUGUUGCAACAGAAUCUAUAGGAGAUGCUUUUAGAAUGAGUUGGUUAAGAGCUUUACUUGAAAGAACCAUAUCAGACCACACUACUGUAAAAUCAAUGGUAGCCCAUCCUUUAUGAUCCAUGUGUCAAGAUAUAGUUUUCCAUCUUCUCAGGCCAUUUUAGUUGAUAUUGCUUCAUUGCAGCAUGUUGUCUUCUGCAUGCUUAUUCCUGUACUUUUUAUCUUUGUUCAUAAAAUUGUUAUUCACCAUCAAAACACUAUUUUUCAUCUCUGUUUAUGUAUGGAACCCUCCUCAAUUUAGUAAGAAAUGUUGAUUAUACAUACAUAUGUACAUAAAUAUAUAAUAUAUACAUACAUCUGACUUUUGUGUACCCACACUAGACUUGAUUGCCAGUAUAAUUACUUUUCUCACAACUAUUUUUCUCUUCUUUGGAAAAAUUGAAACAUUUCGGCCACCACAGUUUUCUUGAAUAUCUACAACUGUCAAUAUUUUGUUGAAUCUUUAAAAUUCAUUUUUAGGUAUUUAAAAUUCAUAUGAUGCUUUUUUAGAAUCUGCUAUUAGUGUUGCAGUUAGGACUCUUUGAUGCCCUGUGAAGUUGGUAUUAGAAAAUGUAGAAUUUGUUUAUUGCUUCAAAUUGAGGUAAGGCAUCCUAGACUCCUAGUCCGUCAGUGAAAGUAGUGCAUU